AUGACAACAACUACAACUACAAUGACAACUAGAACAAAUAAUUUUAAACCUGUGGUUGUAAACUUGGCACAAGAGAAUUCUUGUUUGGUAGUACAAUCUUCAUCUUCAUCUUCAUCAUCUUCUACUUUUACUUUAAAUAUAUUUGAUUUACCAGAUGAAAUCAUUUUAUAUAUAUUUUCAACAAAAAGACAAGAAGAAAUGGAUGAAUCUUUAAAUGUUGGUGAAUUAAAUAACGAUAAUGAUGACCAACAACAAUCAUUAAUAAUAUCAGUUUCAAGUAUAAUACAAUUUUCAAGUACAUGUAAAUGCUUUUAUACAUUAUUUCAAGAUGAAAGGUUUUGGAUGAAAUUAUAUAAAAAUAGAUUUCAAUUCAAUUCAACUAUUGAUAUGGAUAAUUUAUGUUUAAACUUAAAUCAACCAAAUAAUAAUAAUAAUAAUAGUGAUAAUCAAAAUGUAAUUUGGAAAAAUAGAUUUAAAAAUAGAACAGAUCCAUGGGAUAUGACCAAAGUAAUGACAAGAAAGGAAAUUGUUGGAUCACAUCAAUUGGGAGUGACAGCACUGACAGUGGAUGAUACAUUUCUUUAUAGUGGUUCACAUGAUACUAGUAUUAAAUUGUAUGAUAUGGGUAGACUGGAACCAAUUCAUACACUUACUGGUCACGCCUAUACAAUUUGGGCAUUAAAAUCAAAUGGAUCAAAUCGAUUAUAUAGUGGUUCAAAUGAUCAAACCAUUAGAGUUUGGAAUUUAAAAUUAUUAAAAGAUAAUAUAACCGAUUUAAUACAAGAAAAUGAAAUUGAAAAGGAAAAAGAGAAAUAUUUAGAUGAAACUUUGACAACUCCACCAUUUUCUUCAUCCAAUUCAACAUCACCAAUAAUAAUAUCAAAACCAUCACCAUAUUGUAAAAAAGUAAUAGAAACCAAUACAAAAGUAUUUUCAAUUGAAUUAAAAGAUAGAGCAUUAUUUUAUUCAAAUGGAGAAUCGAUUAGUGUAUUGAAUAAUAAAACGUUUGAUAGGAUGGCCGAGUUGAAUGGACAUUUGGGUGGAGUCAAUACAAUGACAGUUCAUGGUCACCAUUUAUUGACUGGUUCAAAUGACAAGACUGUUAGAGUAUGGGACACAAAUACAAUGCAAUGUGUUACAACAAGAGAAGAUCCAAUGGCUAGAAUACUGUCACUGGCAAUAGUAGAUCAAAACACUUUGGCAACUGGUUCCAACCUUUAUCAUAUUCGUCUAUGGGAUCUUCGUAGUAGAGAAGUGAUGAACACCAUUGCAAAUGCACAUAAAUGGGAGGUUUGGCAAUUACACAUGUGUGGUGAUGUUUUAUUUAGUGGAUCAUUUGAUCAUACCAUUAAAACUUGGGAUUUACGUAACCUAGUACAAACCAAAUCUCUAACUGGUCAUCGUAGUUAUAUACACGCUCUCACAAGUAGUUCAUUUCAUUUAUUUAGUGGUUCUGCUGAUAAAUCAAUUAAAGUUUGGAAUUAA